UCCACCGAAAUAUCCGCUGCCCAAAUGAUACGUGCCACAGGCAGCGGAGCAGCCGCGCGAUCAGUGGCGUGCGCGUGCUGUGCUGUGUUGCCCACGGCCAUGGCGUCGCCCGCUACCCCCAGCACCGCCGCCGCCGGCCGCCGGCACUGCCGUCGCCGCCUCGCCCUCCCGCUGUCGCUGCUCGUGCCGUCAUGCCUCGCGCUCCUCCUCGCCGAGGCCGCCGGCAUCCCGACGACGCUGGACGGGCCGUUCCCGCCGGCGACGCGCGCGUUCGACCGCGCGCUGCGGCGGGGCAGCGACGACGUCCCGCUCACGGACCCGUGCCUCGCGCCCCGCGCGCGGCCCCCGGCGCCCGAGCAGAUCGCGCUCGCCGCCUCCGCCGACGCCGGCUCGCUCUGGGUCUCAUGGGUCACGGGCCGCGCGCAGGUCGGCUCCGACCUCACCCCGCUCGACCCCGCCGCCGUCCGCAGCGAGGUCUGGUACGGCGAGUGCAGCACCGCCGCCGCCGACUCCUACCCGCACGUGGCCACGGGGUCCGCCGAGGUGUACAGCCAGCUGUACCCGUACCCGGGCCUGCUCAACUACACCUCCGGCGCUAUCCACCACGUCCGCCUCCGCGGCCUGCGCCCGGCCACGCGCUACUACUACCGCUGCGGCGACAGCAGCCUCCCCGGCGGCCUCAGCGACGAGCGCUCCUUCACCACGCUUCCCGCCGCCGGCACUGGCUCCUACCCGCGCCGCGUCGCCGUGGUCGGCGACCUGGGCCUCACCGGGAACUCGACCGCCACCGUCGACCACCUGGCCCAGAACGACCCCUCUCUGGUCCUCAUGGUCGGGGACAUGACCUACGCCAAUCAGUACCGCACCACCGGCGGCAAGGGGUUCCCCUGCUUCUCCUGCUCCUUCCCCGAUGCCCCGAUCCGGGAGUCCUACCAGCCAAGAUGGGAUGGAUGGGGAAGAUUCAUGGAGCCGAUUACAUCGAAGAUUCCACUGAUGGUGAUAGAGGGGAACCAUGAGAUUGAACCACAGGGGCAUGGCGGCGAGGUGACAUUUGCAUCAUACUUGGCGCGAUUCGCUGUUCCAUCCAAGGAGUCUGGAUCCAACACCAAAUUUUACUACUCCUUCAACGCUGGUGGCAUCCAUUUUAUCAUGCUCGGUGCGUACGUGGACUACAACCGCACAGGAGCUCAGUACUCAUGGUUGGAGAAGGAUUUGCAGAGGGUUGAUCGCAGAGUUACCCCUUGGGUUGUCGCUGCUUGGCAUUCACCUUGGUAUAACAGCUAUUCUUCUCACUACCAGGAAUUCGAGUGCAUGAGGCAAGAAAUGGAAGAUCUCUUGUACCGACAUCGUGUUGACAUAGUAUUAUCAGGACAUGUACAUGCGUAUGAAAGGAUGAAUCGAGUGUUCAACUACACAUUGGAUCCCUGUGGCCCGGUUUACAUCACCAUUGGAGAUGGCGGAAACAUUGAGAAAAUUGACAUUGAUCAUGCAGAUGACCCUGGGAAGUGCCCCUCACCGGGUGAUAACCACCCUGAAUUUGGUGGGGUCUGCCAUCUGAACUUCACUUCAGGUCCUGCCAAGGGCAAAUUUUGUUGGGACCGACAGCCAGAAUGGAGUGCGUACAGGGAGAGCAGUUUUGGUCAUGGGAUCCUAGAGGUUGUGAAUUCAACAUAUGCCUUGUGGACAUGGCACCGUAACCAGGAUGCGUACGGAGAGAACAGUUUGGGAGAUCAAAUAUACAUAGUUCGGCAGCCUGACAAAUGCCUUCUGCAGCCUACAAGUGCGUUGUCGCUCAAUUGUCCCGCUGGAAGAUGCUAUUCUCUGAUGAGUAGCAGCAGCUGUGGUGCGCACCGGGCUGUAACUAGUGGCCAGCUCUUCUGGAACGUAUUUGUAAUUAUGUGUGUAGUUUUGAUCUGUACAGUUGAAGCAACAAGUAUACCAAUAUUCCUAGGCUUGAUUUUACAAUGAUAGAGGCAGAAUGCAUGAUGUACUAUACUGGAUUAUGUGCUUCAAGGUUUAUUGAGAGCCCGUUUGGGAGGGCUCCGGCCA